AUGACUAGACCCUCACCAUCGCUGGUACAAUGGCGUCAAAUAUGCCAUACCCUUAAUCCGAAAGUACACGGCGUGCGCAAUCCGAGGCUGUCAGCUUGCGCAGCUCCCGCCGUCAACAAUGUAACCGCACCUGCGACGACGAAACGACCAUUCCACACUACUCAAUCUCGAUCGAUCGUUGGCGGAAGAAAGACACCACAUCUUCACAGUCCUCGUCAUGAGAGGGAAGCAAAGAGGCAGCUAAGAAGCAAGCAAAACUUGCCUCUCGACCGUGACGGGUUCUCCGCGUUCUCGAUCGCAGGAGGCGGGGUUAAGGAAACCAAGGAGUUCCAAGCCAAAGUUAAGGAGACCUAUGAAGCCGCUAGUGGCAUGUUGCCUUCCGGAGUUGACCUCACUACGUUCAAAUCUGUGGGCGAGCAGCUGAUCAAGGCGGCGUACUCUGGGGGCCCUACCGCGGCAGCCAUUCAGAGUAUCUCCAUAGACGUUGAUGCUGUCUAUCGAAUUGGGCACAUCGUCGCAGGCCGCAACUAUGCUUUGCGCGAAUGGAUUCAGUCUGCUUGCGCGAAAGCAAAGUCCCGUCGAGCCCUUGUUAUCCUCGUGUCCAGAUACAUGCGACUUGACGGUAUUGAUAUCCACCGAGAUAACGAGUGGACCAUGCAGGUCCAGGAGCUUGCUCUGAAGGAGGACUUUCCUCCCGCGAUCAUGGUAUGGGCGGAGCUCCUUACCUGGCGUGGCAAGAACAAAGAAGCCAGCAAGAUCUUAGAGGAGAGAAUCCUUCCAUUUAUCACAUCCACACGGGUUAUCCCCAAACCAUGGACGGAUAUUACCCUGGAUGGGACUGUCUCGUCGCCCUGGCGACUCUACGCUCUUGCCAACGCCGACGACCCGGAGAAGGUGAAGGAAGCCAUGACUCGCGCUGCGUUGGAUUUCGGCGAGCCAGUUGCUUUGACUGAGAUGGCGAUCUCUGCUCUUGCCAACAGGCCAGAUAGGGACGAACUCCAAUUAGCAUACUUGAACAACAAAAAUGCGUGGGAGGAACUUGACAAGUACGAACAGUACAUGGGCAUGGCUGCCACGGCCGGCCACGACAAAGCUUGCUUCUACCUUGCCAACUGGUACUACCGCAUAUCACGAGGCGACAUCCCCAGCCCUGAAAAGAGGCAGCUUCAAAUGGAGUCGAGAGAGUCACGGCGCAACGAUUUGAAAGAUCCCUGGAAAAGAUUCAACCCCUUCUAUCGCAUACCUCUGUUCCUUUCCAAGUGGAAUAAACCUAUGGGGCCCAGUGAAUAUCGCACCCUUACAAUGGACUGGCACGAACUUGCCAUGAGCAGAGGAAAUCGCGCAUCCGCGUUGAUUCUGGCAUUGCUCUUCCGUGAGGAUGGCCUCAUGGACGAGAGUCGCAAGAUGUACGACCAAGCUGCUGCUUACGGUCUUCCAGGUGUGCUGCCGAAGAAGGGAUUGCUCGAGUUGGAAGAUAAUUGGAACAACCCAGAAUAUACUCCGCCCAUGGACAAGAUCGUGGAAAAGCUUAUGCCGAUUUUCUAG